UGAUUUAGAACAAUUAAGCAGAACUUUAAGAUGGCAAUUUUCAAGUUCUUUAUAACCAUACUUAUGGUUUGCAGUAUAUACAUCCGGUUGAUUAGUGGUAUAGAAUUGAAUUUAAAUAAACUGGAGUUCUCGGAAAAUGUACGACAGGCAUACGGUUAUUUCCCGCAGAAUGGGCACUAUCGUUUGCUUGAUGUAGAGAAUGAUAAGCACGUCAGUAUAAUGUUUGCCCACCAAUUGUUAAGCUCACCUACACUUAUUGGUCAACCUGUAGUUCGUAUAUAUGUUGAGGAGUUUCGUCGUUAUAAAAGGUAUCUAUUAAGGAUAACUUAUGUUGGCGAUGCCGUAUCAGAGGUGGUUAAGACUAUACACCUAGAGAAACAUGAUGAGGUUGUAUAUCUGUCUUCCCACGAAACUUUGAUGAAUUUUGUAAAUGGCCCUAUUAGGAUUGCAAUGGAUUUUAAUUAUGACUACAUCAAUCCAGUGAUUGAUUAUUAUAUUGAAACUACAAGAGGCAAUCCAUCCAUUAAAUAUUUAGUGGGUAACGAACUUCCGAACGAUGAAGAAAGCUCACAUAGUCGUUUAUGGUACGGUAAGGGUGAGUUCAUUAUAUCUCCCAUUAAAAAUUUUGACAAGUUCUCAUCCAUGCUUGGUGGACCGACAACCUAUAUUAUUGGUUCAAUUACAAGUAUUACUCCGUAUAGAGAUAUUAAUAUCAUAUAUAUAACUGUAAGCGGAAGAGGUGACAUGGAGUAUAAGUUAUACAUUCCACCUGCCAACCUUGAUGUGUUUCAGCCAAGAAAUAUGUUGACGAAUGAGGAUCAUUCACAGUGGCCUUUGUUAUAUGGUGCUGCAUCCGAGAUUAGGCAUAUUGUUAUUGAUAUAUCCCGUAAGACGUUCCCUGAUAAAAAUGUCGUGGUUGUUGAAAACUUGCGCAGGGGUGACUGGAUAUACGGUCAGCAUUUACUCUUACCAGGUCACAACCUUGGCCACGUAUCCGUUGAGGUGAAGCAUGUACACGUAGGCAUCGAUAUAUACAAGUCGCCAGAAAAUGAAAAAGUAACACAUGUUGAGAUAUUUAAAUAUGUAGUGGAGCCGUUGACUUAUGUGGUUGUCAAUGUUCUUGAUCUAUCAGUUACUGGGUAUCCGGUUAUCCGUCAUGUAUUCCAAUUCAACAACAAUAUAACAUCCCCUGGUUAUAAACUUGUUGUUCUACCUGAUUUGAAAGAAUGCCUAGAUAACUUGUACAAUAUCCCAACAGCUGCUACUGGGUUGGACUACGACGAGUACCGCCUUUUUUAAUUUCAGCAGAGAUAUUGUAAACGUUACACGAUGAAUAUGGUACCGAAUACAUCAAAUGCA